AUGGGUUCCGUAAAUGACACCUCCCUAUGCGUGGGCAAGACUCCCUGGUGGAAAGAAGCCGUCUUCUACCAAGUCUAUCCAGCCAGCUUCAAAGACACCAACAACGACGGCUGGGGUGACAUCCCCGGCCUCAUCGCCAAGAUUGACUACCUCCAUGACCUAGGUGUCGACUGUGUCUGGCUCUCUCCCAUGUUCGAGUCUCCGCAGAAGGACAUGGGCUACGAUAUCUCGGACUACCAAGCCGUUUUCUCGCGUUACGGCACUCUCUCGGACGUUGAUUAUCUAAUUUCUGCCUGUCACACCCGUGGCAUGAAGCUGAUCCUUGACCUGGUCGUCAACCACACCUCCGACCAACACCCGUGGUUCCAAGAAUCGCGCUCGUCCAAAACCAACCCCAAGCGCGACUGGUACAUGUGGAAACCCGCUCGCUACGAUGCCAAUGGCAACCGCAUGCCGCCCACCAACUGGCGCAGCUACUUCGCCGGCCCAACCUGGACCUGGGACGAGCACACCCAGGAGUACUACCUGCACCUGUACGACACCUCCCAACCGGACCUGAACUGGGAAAACCCAGAAUGUCGCAAGGCCAUCUACGAUGAAGCCAUGCGCUUCUGGCUCGACCGCGGCGUCGACGGCUUCCGCAUCGACACCGUCAACAAGUACUCCAAGCGCGUCGACUUCCCCGAUGCCCCCGUCACCAUGCCGGGCGAGACGGACCAGCCCGCGCCGGAGAUGUGGUGCAACGGUCCGCGCAUCCACGAGUUCAUCCGCGAGAUGAACGAGCAAGUGCUGGCACCAUACAACGCCGUCUCUGUGGGCGAGCUGUCCAACACCCCGCUUCCCGAACAGGUCCUUCCGUAUGUCUCUGCCGCGGCCAAGGAGCUGGACAUGGUGUUUGAGUUUAGCACCAUCCGCUUGGGCACGGGCGGGCCGUUUCACGGCAAGUAUCUAUACAGAGAAUUCCCGCUGUCGGAACUCAAGCAGUAUGUGGCGACGUGGCAGCAGUGGCUUGAGGGAACGGACGGGUGGCACACGGUGUUUUGCGAGAACCACGAUAACGGGCGGGCGGUGUCGCGGUUUGGAGACGAUUCCACCGCUGAGGCGUGGGAGGCUAGCGCGAAGACUAUUGCGUUGUGGCAGGCGACGCUGACGGGGACCAUCUUCUUGUAUCAGGGGCAGGAGAUUGGCAUGGUGAAUAUGCCCAAAGACUGGCCGAUUGAGGCCGAGUAUAAGGAUGUCGAGAGCUUGAAUUUUUACAAAGAGGCGAAGGCGUCUGGGGAUGUGGAGAGGAUAAGGAAGACGGAGGAAGGGCUGAGGAUCCUGGCGAGAGAUCACUCGAGGAUACCGAUGCAGUGGGAUGCGUCGCCUAAUUCCGGUUUCACGAAGGAGUACAGCGGCUUGUUUGUUCAUGGAGCGUUCAGGCCUGUGCUGCAAGAGGAUGAGACACUGUUUGUUUAUGUCAAGGACGAUCAAGGGUUUGAAGAGGGGGAUGUCCAGGCUGAGAAGAGGAGGAAGGCGCUUGUGGUUAUGAACUUCUCUGGGAAGCCGGCCAAUCUUCAGGAGCAUAAUCUCGAUGUGGCAGCGACGCCGGGAUGUAAACAUGGGGAGGAGCGGCUGUUGGUGACGACCCUGAGGAAGAAGGAUAUGUCUAGUAUGGAAGCUGGCACGUUGAGGCCGUGGGAGAGUAGAGUGUAUUUGAGCUUUUAG